GUGGGACUCGGGUCUGCGGGCCGCAGAGCACGUGCCAGUGCACGCGGCAGGGGAGGGGCUGAGCUGCGCGGAAGGCCAGGACGAGUUGGGAGACAGGGACAGGGGACGACGCGGCUGGGCGGUGGGGGGGUUGAAGCUGGCAGUCUGGGGGUGCGGCCGGCAGGGGCGGGGCCGCGGAAGCUGCGAAUCCCAGACGCUUGACCCUUCUCCCGCUGUCGCAGCUCGGCCGGGCUGGGGACCCAUGGGCACCUGGGCCUCCCGGGGCCGGCCCGCCCCGGUCCCCGCGCCGGACCCGGAGCCCGAACAGGCGCUAGACCUGAGCCAACUGCCACCCGAGCUUCUCCUGGUGGUGCUGAGCCACGUGCCCCCGCGCACACUGCUCGGGCGCUGCCGCCGGGUGUGCAGGGGCUGGCGGGCCCUGGUGGACGGCCAGGCGCUGUGGCUGCUCAUCCUGGCCCGGGACCACGGCGCCUUGCUGCCGCUCGCCCGCAGCUGCCUGCCCCCGGCCCGCGAGGCCAGGCCCUGCCUCCUGGGCCGCUUCUGCGAGCGCAGUCCGAUCGGACGCAACCUCAUCCGCAACCCCUGCGGCCAAGAAGGCCUCCGGAAGUGGAUGGUGCAGCACGGCGGAGACGGCUGGGUGGUGGAGGAAAACAGGUUAACCGUGCCUGGGGCCCCUUCGCAGACCUGCUUCGUGUCUUCCUUCAGCUGGUGUCGCAAGAAGCAGAUCUUAGAUCUGGAGGAAGAGGGUUUGUGGCCUGAACUGCUGGAUAGUGGCAAAAUUGAGAUUUGUGUCUCUGACUGGUGGGGAGCUCGACACGAUAGUGGCUGUAUGUAUCGGCUAAUUGUCCAACUUCUGGAUGCCAACCAGAUCGUCCUGGAUAAAUUUUCUGCUGUACCUGAUCCCAUCCAGCAGUGGAACAACAAUGUCUGCCUCCAGGACCCUUCUGGCAGUGGAGAGAUGCCCCGCCCAGGGCUAGCCUAUUCUUAGACACCCACGGAGAGCCCAGCCCAGCAUGCCUUUGAUACGCAAACGAACCAAUCCAGGGCCAGACCCCUUUCGGGCUCAGGCAUCGCAGGAGGCAAUAUUUCUCUGCCUUAACAAUUCAAAGGCCAGGUGCCAGGCAACCAGGGACCACCCCGAUAGUCCAAAGCCCAAAGCCGCAGAAAUUAUGCAGAUCUGCCACUACAGCCUGCUGUUCACCCUGCCCUACCUUUCCUGAGGACACCCCAGUAGAGGCUGGCCUAAGCCGUCCCAUCCGUCCUGUCUCCUGUCUCAUGACCACCCUGUGUCUUUCCCAUGUGACUCUGUGUGACACGCCUCUGUCUAUAGGACAGAUAAUAAACUUGGCUUUCCUGCGCCUCUCUUCUGUCUCCUCUUGUGGCUGUACCUGACCGACCAGCUGGUGAAAGAACACAGAACAAUAAAAUGUAUGCUUGUAAUGUAAUAUACACUAGAGAUCCAAAAACAAUUGUGUGUGUGUGUGCACAUGUGCAUGUGUGUCACGCUCCCUUGUUUUUGCCACCAAUUGGAGUAUUGGAAACAGAACAAGUCUCUGUAAAUGAUGAUUCUUGCUAUAAUUUUGGCCUAUUGAUGCCUUUGGGACAAUAAGAGAAUAUGAAAAGAGAGGCAAUCUCCAAUUCUAUGGGCAAAUACACUUUGGGAGUCUUGAAACAGUUCUUAGUUUGCUAACGAGGCCUGUUACAAAUCGAAUGCCUGACCCUUAGUGUCUGUUGAUUGUCCAGCGUAGCCUGCCCCACUGUUAUCCCCCACCAGAGGGGUACAUUUGUUCCAACUGAUGAACCUACAAGGACGCAUCAUAAUCACUCAGAGUCCAUAGUUUACAUUAGGGUUCACCUCACAUUGAAGGAGUUUGGACAAAUGUGUAAUGACGUGUACGCAUCACACAGAAUAGUUGCACUCCCUUAAACAUCCUCCGUGUUCCACCUGUUCAUCCCUACCUCUUUCCAGCCCCUGGCAACCACAGGUCUUUCACUGUCUCCAUGUUUUUACCUUUCACAGAAUGUCAUAUAGUUAGAAUCAUACAGUGUACAGCCUUUUCAGACUGGCAUCUUUGACUCAGUGAUAGGCAUUUAAGGUUCCUCCAUGGCUUUUCAUGGCUUGAAAAGCAGUGGAAUAUUAGUCAGCCAUGAAAAGGAAUGGUGGGGCAUGAGGUACUGAUCCGCUCUACAAUGUGGAUGACCCUUGAAAAAUACUCUGUUCAACAUCUUUCUAUGUUCACUACUAAAGGCCCUCUUGGUUGCUACCAAGUUUUGGCAGUUACAAAUAAAGCUGCUAUAAGCAUGCAUGUGCAGGAUUUUGUGUGGACAUAAGUUUUCAACUCAUUUGGGUAAAUACGAGAAACUUGUUUGCUAGAUUAUAUGUGAGGGGUGUGUUGAAUUUUGUAAGAAGCUGAACUAUCUUCCAAAAUGGCUGGACCAUUUUGUAUUUCCCAGCAAAAGUGUUAGUUCUUGUUGCUCCAUAUCCUCAUCAGCAUUGGUCACUGUUGAUGUUAAUCAACUGGAAAAAUGUUUAUCACUGGGAAAAUCAUCAGGACAAAAGGGGUAUGGGGUUGUAGAAAAUGAUUCUGAAACUUGUUGAAAAUUCAGGAUUUCAUACUGACUAACCCAUUCCUGGUUCUGAUGUGUCU